ACAUUUUAUUGGACAGAUAACGUUUUCUGAGAAGAGGUGUCUAAGCCACGAAACAGAUCUAAACUCCAACAUGAUUCACCAUAUGUUGUCUCAGCUCAGUAUCUUCAGUGCUGUGGCUGUCUUACUUCUCCUGCCAGACUCAUGUAGAGGUCAGUCUGCAGUCAUCGGUCCACUUCAGCCAAUCGUAGCAUCAGUUGGCGAUAACGUCACAUUGCCGUGCCACCUUGAACCUGCCGUUGAUGCUGCUGCCAUUACAUUUGAAUGGACCAGAGCUGACCUGAGCCCCAGAUUUGUCCAUGUGUGGCGUUCUGGUGAGAACCUGAUGGAUCUGCAGAAUCCUGCCUACAAGGAUAGAACAUCAGUCUCUGAGGAAAAACUGAAGUCUGGAGACAUUUCACUGAAACUGUCCAACGUCAAACCCUCUGACGAGGGAAAGUACAGAUGCUUCAUUCCAGGAUGGAAGAAGGAAUCCUUUGUGGAGCUCGUUGUUGACGCUGCGUCUACAUUUUUCAUCGUUGGUAUUGACAGAGGCAGUGAUGGGGUGGUUUUAGACUGUGAGUCUCGAGGCUGGUAUCCAGAACCUGAGGUGUUCUGGCUGGACGGUGAGGGAAACCUCCUCUCUGCUGGACCUACAGAGACAGUCAGAGGUCCUGAUGACCUCUAUACUGUCAGCAGCAGAGUGACUGUGGAGAAGAGACACAGCAACAGCUUCACCUGUAGAGUCCAACAGAACCACACCAACCAGAUCAGAGAGACACACAUACAUGUUCAAGAUAACAUCUUCAAGACCCAGUACAGUUUUGGUACCGUCAUUGCCUUGGCUGUGUUUUGGGCCCUUUCUUUAUUUACUAAUCUUUUCCUUUGGAUACGUUAUUGUCGGAAGAGGUACUGACAAUGACAACUCGCUAACUUGCUUCCCUGGAUACAGAUGCUGGUUUGCUGUUGAUCCCUGCAGUCUUAGCCAGUUUGUAUCUGUUGUGAAAGGGUGGAUGUGAAUAUAUAUGCUGCUUAAACAUGAUGAUUAAAACCUGU